UCUCUCUCUCUCUCUCUCUCUGUGAUUGAUCUGCAUUGAGUUCUUGUUCGUUUUGCACGACCCAAUUCGCUCAAGCACUCAGAAACCGUGCACCAAGUCCCCGACAAAUGAUACAUGGCUCAUGCUCUGUGAAAUCUGUCAUCCGGAUCGUCCUUUUUUUGUGGAUCAAAACGAUACCCAGUUUGGAGCAGUCGGUGAUCUUUUAGACUUGAAUUUGCGUUGGGUCAUUCCUUUUCUUCUUUGUUUGGCGAUCUUGGCUUGAGGGCCGUGGGUAUUUUGAUGAGAGGCCGAGGUAGAAGAAGAAAGCAUAUGCAUCUAUGAAGACUGGGGCACGGAAAUCGCGGCCGCAUUACCGCCUGAUGCAGUUGUCGGUUGAGCUCUUACGGUUUUUUCAGAUGGAAUGGCAGAUCCUGCUAGCUAUGGGAAACAUGAGCGCGACGUUGAGCAAGCACUCAUUGCUUUGAAAAAAGGCACGCAACUAAUCAAGUAUAGCCGGAAAGGGAAACCUAAGUUUUGCCCAUUCAGAAUUUCUAAGGAUGAAACAACAUUGAUCUGGUACUCACAUGGAGAAGAAAGGAAUCUGACAUUAUCUUCCGUCACACGGAUUAUCCCUGGACAGAGAACUGCUGUUUUUAGACGAUAUUUACGUCCCGAAAAGGAAUACUUGUCUUUUUCACUUCUAUAUAAUAACGGUGAACGAUCACUUGAUCUGAUCUGCAAGGACAAAGCUGAGGCAGAGGUAUGGUUUGCAGGCCUUAAGGCAUUAAUAUCUACUGGACAACAGCAUAGUAGACGUACUAGAAGUGAUAUUUUUGAUCUACAUAAUAGCAGCGACUUUCUUCAGAAUGGCCGCCCUUCAGGUGCAACACUAGAGUUCACUUCAAGUAUUGCUCGAGGCAGGGUGUCUCUUGAUUCAAAUUCUCGUGAAUCUCCAUUGAAUUCAGCAAGCUCAGAUGUGGGGUCAGAACAUGCAAAAAUGCAACUAAGAACAAGUACUGGUGAUGCUGUCCGUAUUAGUGUUUCGAGCACUCCUAGCUGUUCUAGUGGAGGAUCUGGACCGGAUGACAUAGAAUCGCUGGGUGAUGUUUAUGUAUGGGGAGAGGUUUGGUAUGAUGGGAUUUCACCUGAUGGCUCUGUGAGCCCAAUUCCUACAAACACCGAUGUGCUGACUCCCAAGCCCUUGGAGUCAAAUGUUGUUCUUGAUGUUCACCAGAUUGCUUGUGGUGUGCGACAUAUUGCUCUUGUAACAAGGCAAGGUGAGGUUUUUACCUGGGGAGAGGAAUCUGGAGGAAGACUUGGUCAUGGGAUUGAUAGAGACUUCAGUCGCCCCCGUCUUGUUGAGUUCCUAGCAGUUACUAAUAUAGAUUUUGUUGCAUGUGGAGAGUAUCAUACAUGUGCUGUAUCUACAUCUGGUGAUUUAUUUACUUGGGGUGAUGGUACCCAUAAUACUGGACUUCUUGGUCAUGGCACUGAUGUUAGCCAUUGGAUACCUAAAAGGGUUACUGGUCCUUUAGAAGGACUCCAGGUUUUAUCUGUUGCAUGUGGCACAUGGCAUUCAGCGUUGGCAACUUCCAAUGGGAAAUUAUUUACAUUUGGUGAUGGGACAUAUGGUGUUUUGGGACAUGGAGAUCGCGAGAGUUUCCCAUAUCCCAAGGAGGUACAAUCGUUGAGUGGACUGAAGACUAUUAAAGUUGCAUGCGGAGUAUGGCAUACUGCAGCCAUUGUAGAGGUUAUGGGCCAAUCUGGUGCAAACGUUUCAUCUAGGAAGUUGUUCACCUGGGGAGAUGGUGACAAACAUCGUUUGGGCCAUGGAAGCAAGGAAACUUAUCUUGUUCCGACCUGUGUCUCUUCACUUAUUGACUAUAACUUCCACCAGCUUGCUUGUGGACACACGCUGACUGUUGCCCUCACUACAUCAGGUCAUGUAUUUACCAUGGGUGGCACUGCAUAUGGUCAGCUAGGCAAUCCAAGUUCUGAUGGAAGGGUACCUUGCUUGGUACAAGAUAAACUAGUAGGUGAAUUUGUGGAAGAAAUAUCUUGUGGGGCAUAUCAUGUUGCUGUCCUAACAUCUAGAAGUGAAGUAUACACUUGGGGAAGAGGUGCGAAUGGAAGAUUGGGACAUGGAGACACAGAAGACCGUAAGUUUCCAACACUAGUUGAUGCCUUAAAAGAUAGGCAUGUAAAAAAUAUAUAUUGUGGCUCAAAUUUUACUUCAAGUAUAUGCAUCCAUAAAUGGGUCUCUGGAGCAGACCAAUCAGUUUGCUCUGGUUGUCGGCAAGCAUUUGGUUUUACUAGAAAGAGGCAUAACUGUUAUAAUUGUGGACUGGUGCAUUGCCAUGCUUGUAGUUCCAGAAAAGCAUUGAAAGCAGCAUUGGCUCCAACUCCUGGCAAACCCCAUCGUGUAUGUGAUGCUUGCUAUGCAAAACUUAGAGCUGCUGAGGCCGGUAAUGCUCCCAAUGUAAAUAGAAAAGUUACAGCCCCUCGUCGUUCAAUAGAUAGCAGGGAAAGAUUAGAUAGGGCAGAGGUAAGGUCUUCAAGAAUUUUACUAUCUCCCACUACAGAACCAGUCAGAUACCUUGAGAUCAAGUCAGGCAAGCCAGGGACGAGUUCGGAUUCUCCUUCUAUAGUCAGGGCUUCCCAAGUACCGUCACUUUUACAACUGAAAGAUAUUGCAUUUCCAAGUUCGUUAAGUGCUCUUCAAAAUGCUUUGAAACCAGUUAUGCCAUUAUCGCCUCAGCCUUCUAACUCAAGACCUGCUUCACCAUACUCAAGGAAACCAAGCCCUCCACGCUCUGUCAGUCCGGCAUUUUCUAGGAGUCUUAUUGAAAGUCUCAGGAAGACAAAUGAAGUCCUGAGUAAUGAAGUUUCAAAGUUGCAAAACCAAGUUAGAAGUUUGAAGCAGAAAUGCGAUGCUCAAGACGUGGAGCUUAAGAAGUCAUAUGAAAAUGCUCGACAAGCUGUUUCAUUUGCUGAAGAGGAAUCUUCCAAGUGUAGAGUAACAAGAGAACUUGUCAAAUCCGUCGCAAAACAGUUAAAGGACAUGAUAGAGAAGCUGCCCCCAGAGGUUUCUGACAGUGAAACCUUUAAAGCCAUCCAUUCUCAAGUUGAAGAUUUUCUAAACACAGCUGCUACAUCUAAUAUUUCUUCUUCCUUGCCAACAAGCUUAGAGUCUGACCAACAAUAUUCACUUCAUAAAAUUCCCUCAAUCAAUGAGUCUUCCAAAAUGCAAGACAAAAGGAUAGCCCGCAUAGAUGUUGCAAGAGUUGCCAACUUGUCUCAGGAUGGGGGAAGUAUUCUUCAGGAGAGUAUUAUAUCACCAGGUUCUAAUCCAAGAGUUGCUGUAUCUCAACAAAGCUCAGAAAAUGCCUCAAGAUUGCCUGACUCUUCAACGAUGAGGAAUGGAGAAAAAGAAGUUAUUGAACAAUUUGAACCUGGUGUUUAUGUUACUGUUCUUCUACUUCGAAGUGGUACAAAAAUUUUCAAGCGAGUGAGAUUCAGUAAAAGAAGGUUUGAUGAGCACCAGGCAGAAGAAUGGUGGAGUAAAAACAAAGAUAGAGUGGUUAGGAGAUACAGUCCACCAACAGCCAGUCAUCCUCCCAUUCAUGCUCCAAUGAGAUCAUCUAGCACUUCGGCACCAACAGAUGAAGGAUCAUCUAGCACUUCAGCACCAACAGAUGAAGGAUCAUCUAGCACUCCACCACCUCCUGAGGAAAAUAAUGAGGCAUCAGCAUCUUCCCAAACUUAGUUUCUAACUUAGUCUCCUGCCAAUACUUUGUAGAAAGUCCAUGUAUGUGGCCAAGGCCAACUGCUUUUAGGGUGCGUUUGGCAUUGCGAUUUCGAACUUAAAAAGUGCGAUUUUAAAUUAAAUUGCAAAAAAUAAUCGUUUGGAAUUGUGAUUUGAAAACGCAAAAAAAAAAAAAAUUGCCUUUUCAAAUCGCAGGUAAAGAGAUACUUUUUUGAAAACGUACAAUUUUAAAGGCUAAACUGAGAUUUUAAAGGCCAAGCUGCAAUUUUGCCAAACGCUUAACUGCGUUUUUAAAAAUCACGUUUUCAAAUUGCAAAUUUCAAAAUCGCACUUUUUAAAAUCGCAAACCCAAACAAAUCCUUAAAUUAACGGUAUUAAGUCUCCAUUAGGUGUAAACAUAUCCUUGUUCAAAACAAAUUAGGGAGAACUUUAUUUCAGAAGAAUGGUACAGAAGAACAAACUCCAUAUCCACAGUGGCGAAACAAGACCAUGAAGGUCGUGUAAUUAGAUGCAGAACAGCUUACCAGUAAUUUCUUUCAUUCAUUUUGUUCUUUUAUUUCUCUUCCUCUAUACUAUUUUUGGCACCUAGUGAUGACCAUUGUGGUU